UUACUUAUCUUUGACCAACACGACAACUCACAAUGCAUCAUCUACUAUUAUCGGGAUACAGAUUGAUCAAGAGCGCAACUAACCAUGGAGCCAAAGAUUGCUCACAUCAAGAAUGAGGCUCUCUCAACCCUUCUCCAUCGCGCAGCCCUAAUUCUCUGUUGUGCCAUUCUCGCUAUUGUUCUGUUCUCCAACUUUUUAGAACGAUGGUUAUUAGCAAGAAUGUAUCCAGCUAUCUGGGAAAAGUUGUCCAACGGCAACAACGAGAGACGUCGCCGCUCUUUUACUUAUUUGCACAUUGGUGUGUUCAUCAUGGCAUUGCUCAUCAUCUUUGGCGCCUAUCCAGUCUUCAGAUUCCUCCUUCGCGAUGUUCGACUUUCUUCUAUGCUCUUCGAAAACACCACCUACGGCGACUAUAUGUUAGUCCUUUCACAAAUCUACAGCGCCUAUUACCUCUUCGAAGUGUGUUUCCGGACUAGAUUUGCCAGUGCCAUCAGCAUCGCACAUCACGCCGGCCUGUUGAUAGUCAUCCAGACCGCCCUGGCUCUUUUUGGAGAUUUGCGCAAGCAUCCAGAAGCAAUCUUGGAGUUCUAUAUGUGCAUGGUGUGGGGUGCUUUCGAUGUGAUUGUUGAGCUACCUCUGUACACGUUCAUGAUAAUCUGGCGUGUCAAAUGCAACGAUCAUCGGUUAUUGUCCCGAAUGGCGUACGCUUGCUGCGUCUGGGUCAUGUUGGGUGCAACUACUGAAACCGCAAUCACUAUCUGGCUUCUCAAGCGCUCGUGGUCUCGUUGGGGUCUAUCAUGCCGUAUUCUCCUUCCUCUAGUGUUCUCCCUCUGGAUCUCCACGCAACUCUAUGGCGCCUAUAGGAUCUACUGCAUGGCUCGAAGCAAGGCACAGUUGGCGAGUCCGCGUGACGAGGAACAGCAAAGCCCUGGUUAUGGUCAGGUGCUGGGAGGUGGAAACAACAACUUGGUCGCACGACCCAAGGCAUAAUUCUUUCGUAACGUUACAGAUGCUGAAAGGAAAGUGCUAGUCAUAAAGAUCUCACAUGUAAAUAGGCCUGAGUAGAAAUCACCAAUUUCUGGGACUGGACAAUUUGGGAAUCGUUUGAAUGUACAAUACUUCUUCUCAUUUGUGAAUGACUUCAUUUUUCGUCAUGGUUUCGUCCCUAUGUUUGUAUGCUGGUUGCUUUUUCCGCCAUGUCUGUAUACAAUGAGUAUACUAGCGCUUUGAGCGGCAGCACUAUGUUGUGGACGCGCAAUGGCCCGCGCUUCAGUUUACCAGUUCAAGAAUAGGUGACGCGCUAGCUAUAAAUACUGCAACUCCCUAGAAGCAUCAUCCAGAUUUCAG